AUGGCCACAGAGACUGUGGGGUCGGCGCUGACUGUGAAGCCUGAAUACUUGUGCUUGAUCUUAUGUGGCAAGAAGAGAUGGGAACUUCGUACCAAGCCCUGCCGACUAAAAGGCACCGUGGCGCUGGUGGCCAGUGGCACGAGCAUGGUUUGGGGGCUCUGUGACAUCGCCGGCUGUCGCUUCCAUACUUUGCCAGACCUGCAAACCCACUUCGCCAAGCACUGCCUUGCUGCAGAGGUAUUGCAAAGCUUCGCCAGAGAGGGCGCCUAUGCCUGGCGACUGCGCCGUCCUCGCAUUUUAGCGAAGCCCCUAUGGAUUGACCGGGCACGAGGCAGCGUCAGCUGGGUGCGCCUGGCGACGUCCACAAAGACAAAGCUAUCACAGCUACGGCCAAGGCAGCUAACGCCGGCCACGCAGGCCACGCAGGCCACGCAGGCCUCGCUGCUGGCGGCCAUGCGGACUGCAGCGGCUGCACAGCGAAUGCAGCGAAUGCAGCGAAGCCGCACGCGCGCAGUUCGUGCGGUUCGCUGGACUGUCCCAGAGGUCAGCCUGGCAUCUCAGAAGUUCGUAGGGAAGCUCAUCAGCGAGGCCUCCGACUUCUAUGAAGCUACACUGGCGCAGCGCGCGCUACAAGUGGCCAGCUGUGCUGAGGAAUCCACAAGAGAUUGCGGCGUCUCCUGUGCGAUCUUCUGCCGCAGCGUCGCCUGGGUAACCUUCGCACCCAAGCAGCUGUCCAAGGCUUCCAUCCCAAAGCUGGCAACCCGGCUGCUGACGGCAGUGCUCUCCCUCUGCUUUCAGCAAAAGCUGGCUCCAGUGGCGCCUUGGGAGAUGAGCAUUGCCAUGGCCUUGGUCGAGCGUUGCUGCUCUGACCCUCGAAGGCGCUCGGACCCAAAGAGAGACUCGGAGCUCCUCCGGCUUGCAAAGGGCUUGAGAUUGAGAUCGCAAGCAGCUCUUCGUGCUACA